CAUCCAACGGGGCCGCCGUGGCGGACCUGUCCGCCAGCCUCUUCAGCAUCAAGACGGGCGUCGAUGCGCUCACCAAAGGCCGAAUUUUUGCAGACUCAAGCCUGGCCGUGGCCACAGCCGGCAGCUUCCAGGGAGGCACCGUGGAGCCGUUGCUUCCCACCGAUCAGUUUCUAAACCUCAAGGCUGGCACCGUUUCGGUCAGGGUCACGGACCAGGCAGACAACAGCCUGUGUACCUUCGCCACUGCUGAAGUGCACACGGUGGCAACCAGGCUGCGCGUGGACGACCAGCUCUACAUUGACGACGUCGUCGGCACCGCCACGGGCCUGAUUACGAACGCCAUCUCCACACGAGCUCAGGACACACAAUUGACCAUCACCGGCGGGUCCAGCGGAACCGUGGUGAACGGCGACUUGGAUAUACAGGGAACCAUGACCGGAACUAGCGUUGAACUCAACACAGAGCUUCGGGCUCCCACGGUGCGGGCCAGACCCUCGGACACCUUUCUCACGAUUCGCGGCGGCACCACAGGCAUGUACCUGGACGGCACCGUUUUCACAGCAUCCACCAUUCAAGCGGAUCCUGGAUUGGUGUCUUCGCCCGCCUGGUUGACCUUUGUGGGUGGCACAACGGGAAUAGAGCAGGUCUGCACCCUUGCGCAGGUGCGUCAAAAUGUGGUGGGGGACGUGGAAUUGAAGGUCCUCAACGAAGAUGCAACCACCGGGGAAGCGACAAUCCGCGCACAGAACGGUUCAGGGGCCAACGGCAGCCUGAGGGCUCUGGAAAGCGGAAACGAGGUGCAACUUCAGGCCACGAGCCAGACCAUCAGCCUGCAAAAUCAAACUGGGGCCUUCCAGGCAAACCAGCAGCCCACGCCGCUGGCGGAUCUAAAAACUGUUUUCGAUGCUGUGGAAGUGAAAAGCUACACACGCACCGACACGCCACAGCCCGAGGACCGCAUUGGCUUCAUAGCCCAGGAGAUCCUUGCCUCUGGUACGUUGGGGCCGAAGCUCGCCAGCAUGCAAGAAAACGGGCGUUACGGACUGGACUACUCUCGGCUGACAUGUGUUCUAUGGGGAGUCUGUAAGCAACUCGAGCAGCGCAUUGCUAUCCUGGAAGAUGACUGA